CACGUGGGAUUUGUCAAUUCAAAACGAAAAAUCUCACUAGGACAAAACAAGCAAAAACAAAGGGAAGUUCUCAUAGUCGGAGAGAGAACAAGAAAAUGUAUGUGACGAGGCCUCUAUCCCACUACCUGAGGUCCCCUGAAUCACUUUCACUGCCACCAGAAGGCCCGAACUCCGGUUAUUUAGUGAUACAGGACGAGGAAUCAGAGACGACUACUUGUUUCGGAUUGUGCAAAAACCGGUAUCUGAUAGAUCUCCCCUUCCCUCAGAACAAGAACUUAACUGUUCGGUACUCGUCGGGCGGGGGCGAGAACCGGCAUGUUUCUCAUGAUGACGCAACCUUCAUUCCAGUUCUCAAUCAGCCCCUUUCUUCGAACCGGUAUUAUGCAAUUAAGCCCCACGGAUCGCGUAAAGGGGAAGCAUAUGCAUGUUCAAGGGAGGAAGACAUGACCCCUUGUUGUUUCUGCAACUGCAUUAAGGAUGUCUACCCAAGACCCCUUAACCCCAAUGACAUAUACCAGCAAUUUGAGAUAUUCCCCUGUAAUAGAGGCUGCAGAAAUGGUGGUACAUUUUCUGCAAAAUCAGUUGCACCAGAUGGGUUCCCUCCCCACUUCCUCAGAAGAAGAGGGUGGGAAAUUUUCACCAAAACCCCCAAAACCUAUGAACUUGGUGAAGCCCUAGGCAUCAAUACUACCCUUCGUGCCCGGCUCCCGAAUUUUGAUUCUCCCGUUGUUGUGGGGAAAUGGUAUUGUCCUUUCAUGUUUGUAAAGGAUGGAAAUUUGAAGGAUCAAAUGAAGCAAUCAUUGUUUUAUGAGAUGACACUUGAGCAAAGGUGGGAAAAGAUUUUCGCAUGUGAAAACAAUUUCAGUAGUAAAGGGAAAUCUGUUUCUGUGGAAGUUGAAGUCCAGAGGGAAGUGGCUUUUGUGGAUGGGAGCGAGGCAGUGUGGGAUGAGAAUAGGGUGGUUGAUGGGGUGGUUUGGUUUAGGGGUUCUGGUGGUGAGGAACAAGUAAAUAUUGGUCUGAGUUCAUUGAUUGUUGAUAGAAUGAAGUGGGAGGAGGAGAGAGGAGGGUGGGGGAGGGAGGAAAAUAUACAAGUGAGGGUGAAUAGAACAGAGGAGUUUGGAGGGAUUGGUGGGGUGUGGAGUAAGUUUCGUUGUUAUGUGUUGGUUGAGAGAUUUGUGUUGAAAAGAAUUGAUGGCAGUGUUGUGUUAACCUUUGACUUCAAGCACACUCAUGUGAUUAGGAGCAAAUGGGAAUGAAAUGUGUAUGAAAUCCUCAAAAAGUGUCAUUUAUCCUCCCAUUUGGUGUGUAAAUUGCGAUUUUUUUCAGUUUGGGCAAUAAAAGAAAAGGAUACGUGCUAUACCAAAAUUUUAGUGUUUGUUUUGAUUUGGUUUUUAUUUAGACCUUUGUGGGGGGGUUAUGUAUUCAUGUGUUUGAUCUGGUUGUAAAAUGUACUGGUGUAUCUAGUGAUUUUCACAAGAAGAAUAUUAGGGUAAUGUACAUUUUUGUUUGA